GGGUCAUGCCGUCAUUCGAACGAUCCGUACCGAACCGUCAACACUCGCCAUCCGUCCGUCGUUCGUCUUCCACUGUUUACGUAUCGUCAUUGCGAGUUCCAAUAUAUAUUAUUAAAUUAUUAUUAUUGCUAUAUAAUAGUAAUUAUAUUAUAAUCGUCUCACCGUUGUUUGACUUGUGUCUGUGUGAAUGUGUUUAUGCACGAUAUUGCAGAUAAAAUUAUAAUAAUUAUUGACAAAAAAAAAAAAUACAUCGUUUUUUAAGUGUCGUUUCGAAUAGUGUCGUAUAUUUCAUUAUAAUAAAAUACACUAAGAUUGUUUCGACAUGCGUCCAGUCGCCGAACUUAGACCGUCAUACCGAGUGCAGAUGCAUAUGCAGAUGCAACAGCAACAGCAACAUUACCAGCAUCAGAACCAGCACCAGUCUGGAUCCGAAUACGAUGAACAACCCGUGUCCCGGACUUAUCAAUACAGAAAGGUUAUGAAACCACUAUUGGAACGAAAACGCCGCGCCCGGAUCAACCGAUGUCUGGACGAGCUCAAGGACCUGAUGGUUGUCACGCUACAGGCCGAGGGCGAGAACGUCAGCAAACUAGAGAAGGCUGACAUAUUGGAGCUGACSGUCCGGCACCUGCACAAGCUCAAGCGACACAACGCUCUCGGGCUGACCGGCGUCGACUCGGUGUACGCCGACAAGUUUCGCGCCGGUUUCGCGCACUGCGCCACCGAGGUAUCCAACUACCUGACAUCGGACGUCCGGUCACCRCCCGUCGAUCCGUCCGCCGGCGUCAAGCUCCUUCACCAUUUGGGCGCUUGCAUGCGCAAAAUCGAUGUCGACUCCAACCGUCCCGCUUCCGGUACUGUCGCCACAGCCGCCGCCGACCAGUACAGGCCAUACACGCCGCCGUCCACACCCGGAAGCGAGCUCAAAGAAGAUCCGAAUUCAGUCUGCUGGAGACCGUGGUAAACGCACUAGGUGUUCCUUAUUUUCGGGCCGAAAAGAAACAUGUCGUUAUUUCGUUUUUAAUCCUUUGAACCCUCCCCCCUCACAUCCACCAUGGCCCCAGACUAAGACUGAUGUUCGAUCCUAGGUGGAGAUAUUGUAUAUUAUUUAUAGGUAGUUAUAUUUUAUAUAGGAAUUAUUAUAAUAUUAUUGUAUUAUUGUGAUGCGUAUACGACGAUAUAGUUUGUUAUUCGCUCAUUAUAUUAUUAUUUUUUUCUCGAGA